GUCGACACUGACGCAGAAACAUACUGUUGUCGUCUUGUCGUUCUGUCUGUUGUCAGUUUUCGGUUUGUAGUCGUCCACCAUUGUACGCCCCUACGCCGCCGUUGUUGUUAUAAUAAUAAUAAUAAUAAUAAUAAAUAUUAUUUUAUCGCACUGUUGACUAUUGUAUUUUAUGAGCGUUCCGCCGGUAGACGCAUUUCUUUCCGUUGCUGCGUGCACACGCACCUUGAUAUUUCCGAACAACUCCGUGGAUCCUUGAUUGUCGUUGUUGUUUUCGAAGACUCGCACUCCUUAGCAGUAGCCUACGCUGAUGAUUGCGUCCUCGUCUGCUAAGUCUCCUCUCUCGAUUCACUGUCGCGUGUGUAGCCCUAUCGCGUAGGAUGCGCCCUUAAAUAUGUAAAUCGUCCGUUGUGUCGGACAUGCGUCAAAUCGUAAUAUGAGCAACACCAGACUUGAUCAUAAAGUUGACGAAAGUGCUAUCAUCAAUUUUGGUAACAUCUAUUUACCAUGUUCACGGUGGGAGUGAAAGGCGGUGGCAGUCCAUGGGUAGUUUGCAAUCUAGAUCAAUUGAUUGAAAUUUUCCCUUCAGCAACUUUAAGCGUUACAUUCGACGAGUUGAGGGAAACAUUUAAACCAAAAUUACCACCAGGUGCUGAUCUUAAAGACUACUGUGGAGCUAUCUUAUUAAGCCUUAUGGAUCCGGUCACCAAAAAAGUAUCCAAUCCAGUUAUAAUGCCUAUGCAUCAUAAUAUUUUCAAUAAUCCAAAUAUAUCGAUUACUCCUAGUUCACCAUUACCAAAACAACCUCCAAUAGCUGCUGCCAGCCGACCACCAUGGACUGUACCAGUAUCACCGCCAGUUUCAAUUGUACCUGUGCCUUGUGAGCCAGACAAAUUAGUUACUAAUAGUAAGGAAACUCAAAAAAAUCCUAAAAGAACUGCUCCAUAUCAAAUUUCUAAUCGAACAAUUAAACAACCUAGACUCUCAAUUACUAAACCGACCAAUGCUCGUAAAGAUUACAAGUCGUCUUCAAAUAGUAUUACACUAAAAACUCAUCAACUAAAGAAAAAUGAUAAAGCAGUUGCUAAUAUUGAUUUAGCUAUAACUACUCCUUCAACAUCAAAUGCUGUAAUCCAAUCUACUGAGGAAGUCGCUUGUGUACAAUCUAUAAAGGAAGAUUUACAAGCGACCAAUUCAGAAUUGAAUUGUAAAGACAAUUCUCCACGUUUAGAUAAUGAUAAAAAAGAGAAUGGAUUCCACAGGAGGUAUUGCUUUUCUGAUAAUCAUUUCAAGAUGUAUGAUAUUGGCAAUAAAAAGGAUGACUCUACUAACUUAGACCGGGAUUCAAUUGAAAUACGAACUCACGGUGAAAUAUUUGAAAUCAAAAAAUCUUUUGUAACGAAUGAACUCAUAAUUGCUAUGGGUACAGCUUUAAAAAAGAAUAUUACUGAUGAAGAUUUUGACAGUUUGCAUAAAACUUCAAGUACUUUACAAUCCUCUAAAUUUAACUGGUCAAGUGUCACUUCUAAUAUUUCUAUGAAAAGCCCAACUAGACAAAAUAAUAUUAAUUCAAUAAAUCAACCCAAUCAAGUUGGCAUAAACAAAUCACAGAAACAAACAAUUAUCUCACAACAGCCAUCUAAACAAACUAUUAAAUCAUCAAGUAUCUCUAAACAACAAUCUACUUCAACAAAUACGUCUUCAAAAAUACAACAUUCUACAAUUAAUAAAACUGACCUAAAAAAUCAUGUAUCUAAUAACCAACAUAAUAAUACUUCUCUAAAACAUACUAAAGCUACAGCUACUCAUAUUCAGACAUCAAAUAAACAGAUAACCAACAGUAACCAGCUUCCUAUCUCAUCAAAACUCGUAUCAACUACUAGAAAACUGGUUAAUCUAUAUAAUGUGAAACCAGCAAUCACACAUCAGUCAUCAGUUAAAGAUAUAAAAAAAUGUUUGAAGUGUAAAGCUUUAUCAGAAGAUGAGACAUGUGCAGCAUGUCGUAUGUCUUCUCAUUUAAAAAAUGUUACAGUCACAAGAAUUGAAACGCCUAGUACUUCCGCUGUUGUUGCUCUUGAGAGUCCUAUUGUAAUGCACUCAAAACCCAUUGAUGUCCCUUUGAGUUCUAUAAAUCCUGUUUCACCUCAGGAACCAUGUGUGCUUUUGUUGUCAUCCGGAGACGAAGAUGAAGAAGAAUCUUUGGAACCCAAUAUUACUAAAAUUGAGACAAAAGAAGCUUUAAAGAAACAUACUGACAAAUUAUGUUUGAACCCUAAACUUUUGGAAGAUCGGUUAUGGCAGAAAGACUUAAGUGUUAAAGAUUAUUAUAAAAUUGAGGAGUGUUACACUGUACAUAUUGGUAGUUUUAAAACUGCCCCGACACCUUCUGGUGACAUGUUAGUUUGUUUACAUGGAAUACGUAUGACUGUUCAAGGUCUUGAACCAGAGCCAGUGACUAUUGAUUUACCAAUGGAUAAUGUUGUAAAAAUUUUGGGUUAUUAUGGAGAAAAUCCUUUACUUAUAAUUUACACUAAUCAUUUAGCUGCAGUUGGCAUACAGUAUUUAUUAAAUAUGAAUGAAGAUGACAAAAGUCACUUGUAUGACCCACUUAGUAAAGAUAUCACGGUUAAUAAAAUUGUUUGGUUUUUUAAUUUGAAAAGACCUGAGAUACAGAAUUUGGAAAAAUUACUAUUAAAAUUAUCUAAAAGAAAGUAUGCUGCUUUGACGUUUAAUCAAGCAAACAAAAUUCUUUGUUUAAAGAAAAAGGAUGACGAGGAGAGUAAAAUACUCGCAAAAGAGGAACAAGAUGAAGCUGAAAGAAAAUUUAAUAGUAUUACAAUACUUGAAGAUAAACUUGGUGAGAGAUCUGCAAUUAUCAAAAUAUGUGAUUAUAGAAUGUUGAAUUCAAAUGAAUUUGUAAAUGAUAUUCUUAUUGAAUUUUACUUAGAUUAUUGGUAUAGUCAAAAAUUAAGUGAUGAAGAUAGAAACCGAACGUAUGUAUUUAGUACAUACUUUUAUACAACUCUUGCGAAAUCAUUUAAUACCUCUGACUAUCCAUCACAUUUCACGGCGUCACAGAUACGACAUGAAAAAGUAAAAAAGUGGACUAAAAAUGUAGACAUAUUCAAGAAAGAUUUUAUUUUUAUACCAAUAAAUGAAAAUUAUCAUUGGUUUAUGGCAGUUAUAUGCUUUCCUUACCUAUCAGGUAAAGUUAAUAUAAAAGAUGGAAAACCAGUGAACGCACCUGAUGAUAAUUAUGGCCGAUAUAAACUGCAGCAAAUUGAAUCUACUGCUGCUGAUCGUAUUGAAGCUGAUCCUAACGUUGAAGAUCUUUGGUUAUUUGAUUUGGCAUCAACUCAAAACUAUACAGAUAAACGUGGAGUUGAUUAUGAUACUGAUGUUGCGGUUUUAAAGAAAAACAGAAAUAUACUAGUUAAACGGCCUUGCAUUUUAUUGUUUGAUUCUUUCUCUGGUGGUGUUUGUCGUGCUAGAAUCACAGCCACAUUACGUGAUUGGUUAGAACAAGAAUAUAUUGCUAAAUACAAUGACAAAAAAAAAGACUUUAGUCCUGAAACUAUAAAAGGAUCUUUAGUUAAAAUGCCUCAGCAACCUAAUUAUACUGAUUGUGGCCUUUUUACAAUUCAUUGUUUUAAAAGGUUUUUUGAUAGGCCGAUUGUAGACUACACUUUACCGAUUCGUCAUUUAGAAAAUUGGUUUUCUACUGAUGAAGUUGCUAAAAAUUGCCAAAAAAGAAGAGAACUACAAACUAUUAUAAAGGAAAGGAUGAAAGAGCGAGGAUCUGUUUUACCGGAAGGUGUAGAAUUGCCAAUUCUUAAUUUUACUGACCCUCCUAUAAAAAUACCACAAAAUCCUCAUCAAAAAAAUAUUCAUACACAUGAUAUACCAAACUCAACAAAUCGUAUUCAUUCAUCAAAUCCUAAACCUUCAACUUCUCAUCAUCAAUCAAAUCCUGCAUAUAAAUUGCAUAAUCGUGUUGCUCGAGUCAACAGAGAGUAUAAUCAUGGCUAUGUUGAAGAGACAGACGAGGAGGGAAGUUAUUAUGAUAGUACAGAUGAAGAGGUAGACAGACAGUUUAAUGAAAAUGAUCAUUAUGAUGAAGACGAAGAUAAUUUUCGAACCUACCAGAAAACAUUAGAGGGGAACGAAGGUGAAUAUACUGAAAUCCAAAGAAGUGCACAGCAAGAAGAUGACAUAGAAGAUCCAAUACCCCCGUAUGAGGAUGAAUCGUUUGAUGGUUAUCCAGUAAAUUCUAACAAUGGGAAUAUAGUAGUUGAUGUUAAUGAUAUUCAUUCUGGAUUAGUCAAUCACAGAAGUAUUUAUAACGUUGAAAGCAUUCCAGAUAAUAACUACCACUCCUAUAGAUCAAACAAUCCUGAUUUAAGUUAUGUUGAAUAUGAAGAUGCACUGGAAUAUGAAGAAGGAAAUUAUGAUAGAGAAUUAGAUGACGUUGAUGACGAAGACAUAGGAGUAGAGGAAGAAUACAUCAAACCCAAUUCAACAACAAAUCAUAAUAGACAUGAUAAUCAUUUUAAUUCUAGUAGACUAUCGAAUUAAAUUCAUUGAAAAUAAAUUGAUUAAAACCAUGUUAUAAAUA